AUGGCCAAAAUAUUCUCCAUCAACGGCAAGGGCCUAAAACUCGAUACCGCGGCGGACAUCGAAACCCAUGCGAAACCGCUGCUCGAGGACAACACAUUCACAGAAGUCCACCUCGGUGGUAACACCCUCGGUGUCGAAGCCUCGGAACGUCUUGCAACCGCUCUUGCAACUCAAAAGAACCUACAAGUCGCCAACCUCGACGAUAUCUUCACAUCGCGCCUUCUGUCCGAGAUCCCCCCCGCGUUAUCUGCGUUAUUGAAUGCCCUGCUCGAGGUUCCCAAUUUGCAUACCAUCAACUUGUCCGAUAAUGCAUUCGGACUCAACACGCAAGCGCCACUUGUCGAUUAUUUGUCGCGGGCUGUGCCGCUUCGUCAUUUGAUUCUCAAUAAUAACGGGUUGGGUCCCAAGGCUGGCGUGCUUGUCGCUGAUGCGCUUACGGAGUUGGCAGCACAAAAGGAGAAGGCGCGUCAUGAGGGCAAGGACGUUCCUUUGCUAGAGUCAAUUGUCUGUGGACGCAAUCGUCUCGAAAAUGGAAGUAUGGAAGCCUGGGCUUCGGCAUACAAGGCGCAUGCGAAAGGUAUGCGCUCUGUGAAGAUGACGCAGAACGGUAUUCGUCAGGAAGGAAUCUCGCUGUUAUUGAAGGAUGGGUUGAGUCAUGCGUCGGAGUUGGAGGUUCUCGAUUUGCAAGAUAAUACGUUUACGUUACUCGGAUCCAGUGCGUUGGCUAAGGUUGUGCAAGGAUGGGCUUCGUUGCGCGAGUUGGGUGUUGGAGAUUGUCUGCUUUCGGCCCGCGGUGGUGUCAAGGUUGCACAGGCUCUUGCGGCUGGUAAAAAUGAAAAGGUUGAAAUCUUGCGCCUGCAAUACAACGAUAUUAAUGCAGAGGGUGUGAAGCAAUUCUUGUUCGCGGCCAAGAAUUCUUUGCCAGCUUUGAAGCGAGUUGAAUUGAACGGAAAUAAAUUUUUGGAGGAGGAUGCUAAUAUUGAGGAGCUCCGCGUACUGCUCGAGAAGAGACAAGAAGAGCAGGGUACAGAUGAAGAUGCCGAGGAUGCUUGGGGUCUUGAUGAGCUAGACGAACUUGAGGAAGACGAGGAAGAAGACGAAGAGGAUGAGCAAGACGAGGAAGAGGAAGAGGAGGAAUUAAAGACACAUUUGGCUGACAAGAUUUUGAAGGAGACUAUUCGCGCCGAGGAUGAGCCCGUCAGCCAGAAGAAGGAUGAUGAUGUGGACGCGUUGGCUGAUGCUCUUGGCAAGACUGGUAUUUAA